AUAGUUUUAUUCUAAUUUAUUGGGCAACUUUAGUUCUCUUUGUCUAUGUAUUGUUUUAAUUAUUUCGGAGGAACCGAAAACAAAACGUAAUGAUUAAUAAUAAUUAAUUCAAAUUUUGAUUUGUCAAACAAUAACUUGUCAUAAGCAAAUUUAUUUUUGUAUUUAAAUAAUAAAAAAUGGCGGACGUGGAGGAACAAGAGACGGAACCGACCGAAGAACAGCCGGAGGAACAGCCGGAACCGGAAAAAGAUCAGGAGUCUGUAACGGAAGCUUUGGAAGUAGAACAUGACGAAAGCGAAGAGGAGGGAACUACCAUGGAAUUCACGGAGGAGGAACACGAUGAACCAGAAUUUGUACUUUUGGAUGACCUGGAGGAAAAGCCCAAGGUUGAGGAGGAGAAAAAGGACCAAGACAAGAAAAUGGAAAUAAAAGAAAAGGGUGGUAAAAAGGGUAAAGGAAAGAAAGGUAAGGGCAAAAAAGGAGAUCAACCUGAGCCGGAGGGAGAACCCGAACUGAAAAAAGGCAAGAAACCGAAAAAAGAGGAGAAAAAAGAAAAGUCCAAGACAGAAUUGCCGGAGGAAGAGCCGGCGGAAGCGAAGCCGGAUCAAUCGGUUAUUAAACAAAAAUCGUCCAUGAAACAAGCAAGCAGCCAUGUGGUGGAAGGCGAGGUGCCACCUGCCCCUUCUGUACAAAUCGUCGAGAAAAAGGACAAGAAAGGAGACAAGAAAAAAAGAAAAAAAGACCAAAUCAAAACAACCGAAGCGGCAUCUAUUGCAUCCUUAUCCAGUGGCGAAGCCAAGAGCAGAAGCAGAAUUUUAAAACAAAAAUCGUCGGCUAUCGAAGCUGCUGUCAGUAAAGCGAAGGUGGGGAGAGUAAGCACCAAACGACUGUCGACAAUUGAGUCGAGCGAAAGCAUGUUGGAGUUACCAUCCGAAGAACAAGUUAGAAAAACCAAAAGUACGGUGGUGGGCAAAGCUAUAUCAGAAAAGGUGGUUAAGAAAGGUAAAGGCAAGAAAGAGAAAAAAGGGAAAAAGGUCAAGUCGCUGGAAAAAUUGGACGAGAGUGGUCGACCUUCUGAGGAACUCUACAGCAAAACCCCGUCGAAAGAGCUGUACACUAAAAGCCCGUCGAAGGAAGAUCAUGAGAUUAAAGAGGCUAAAGCACACGAACCUAAAGAGCCGAAGGAAAAGGGCAAAAAAGGUAAAAAACCUAAGAAAAAUCUGACGGCGGAGAUGGUGGAGAAGAUGCGUCAGGAGCAGGAACAAGCAGCAGUAGAGGCAGCUGCAGAAGAGCGAAGGUUGCGUUUAGAAGAACUAGCCCGUGGUGAAGAGUUAGAAAAACGUGAACGAUUCGAGAACCAAAACAGAAUUGAACAAUUCGAGUACUACGAAAAAAUGAAGGCGGAGAUUUACGAGCAUAACGAUAGAAUACAAAACGAAAAGGACAAAUUGGAAGAGUGGGAAAUUUAUCUGGAGUGUAGAAUUUUACCCGAUGGUACCACUUGCCAAGAACUCACGACCUAUUUACACAACUGGAAGGAAGACAUAGAACUGACGACAGUAGAAAAUUGUAUUAAACGCACCAAGGAUAUAAUGCAAAUCCUUUUGAACUUGGAGAACGCUCUGGUAACCUUCAAAAAAGACGUAAGGCGCAUCGACAAUCUAAAGUGGGUACGACAAUUGUUGCGCGACUGUCAGGCGAAAAGUCUGGACGAAACAACGUACAGACUCCUCCGUUUCGAGGACACGGAAAUGAACAGGGUCGAUAUGUACGUGUCCGAGUACAAAUUCCAGGACGAUAGCAUAAAUUUCAGCCUGUGGCUAAGGAAACAAUUGCCCAUUCCCUUACCGAACCCUCGUCGACCUCCCCGUCCAAGAAUCGACAUAAAUUUCAGCACCUUAGACAUGACCGUUCUUUGUCCCUCCAGCCUGGAUGACGAAGGUUUGGCCAUAAGGGUGUUGUACCACAUUUACGAUCACUUCAGCGACCUAUCUGAGUCCUACAAUAUGCCUCCAGUACCAGAUAUACUACACAAAAGAUUCAUCGACUACGUACGGAUGAUGUGGAACCUGAAGAUGAAAUACAAAUGGGAACACAGAAUCAAAAAGAUGCGUAGAGUUGAGGGGCCUGACGGGGAGAUAGUGGAGGAAAUCGAGGAGGAUGAGGAGGAACCACCACCGGAAGGACCGUUUCCUUAUGUCCCAUACCGGAAACUGGACCCUACCCCUCAACACCACGUUUUAAUGAUAGAAAAUGAACUGUACGAAACUACUAGAAGAAACAUGUAUAGAAAUCUGCCCGAGCACGUGGUUAAUUUACGUCAGUACAUAGUGAUUGGGGGUGUUUGGAAGGUGAACUUGUUGAAGCAGCCGCCGCAGCCACAGGAGUUUAUUUUGAUAGACAUGCACACGACACGCCUAUUUUUGCCUAAACAGCUGGAGCACCUGCCGUUCUACAUCGACUACGAGCCGCCUCCCCCAAUUGAACCUGGCGUUAUCAGAACUCCGGAGGAAAUCGAGGAAGACCUAAAGAAACAGGAGGAGCAGAUGGACAAGCUCAUUCUCAUCAGCCUCAAGUGGCCUGAUCACGUAUUGUUCCUGGAUUUGCCCAUAGUGUGUUUCUGGGAUGAGGAACUGAAAGCGUGGACUAGAAAUUGCGUCUUCGACCUGAAACACGUGGAGGAGUCUGGAGUUUUGUCUUUCAGGACGCAACGAUUUGGCACCUUCGCUUUGGCCACACUCCGUUACUCGCAUCUGCCGUUUCAAGCUUGGGAACUGCGUCCAGAAGAAGAUGGUACUUGCACCCUGCAAAUCACUUCGGCGGUGUUAAUAUUCGAGUUUAACGUAAAAGACGACAUGAUUUGUUUGUCGCAGCUUCAGAACUGCCCCAAGAACGUUAUGAAAAAUCAAAUCGGACAAUAUUACACUCUUCCAUACCUAAUGAGGGUGAUGAAAGACUCUGGCAUUGACAUUUUCCCCUCGUUUGACGCGUUUUGCUACGUGGAAGGAGUGUGCGAGAAACAUUGGCACACAGAACGUCAUCUCUACAAAAAUAUGGCUCAAAUGCACAACUCCUUUAUGUUUUCGUGGAGCAGGUGGAAUGUCACGUUGGAACGGCGCAACAUUGUGUUUCAAAUGCGUGAAUACGUGCCCAACAGGCAGAAGCAGAGGUCUUAUUCCAUGACAUUGGUAACGCCGGACAAGGCGACUUUUAUCGACUGCACUGAGGUCAGUCAGACGUUUGAGGACAAGGAGAUUGAAGGGAUGAAGUACUGCUGUGAUUUGUACCAGUUAAUGAGGUCGUCGACGAGUAUUAUGAUAAGGACGCAAGUUGCCUCAGCUAAUAAACAGUCAAUUUUCGUCUUGGAAAAUCUGUUGCAGGCUACACGAAUUUUCAGCUUUUCUUAAAUCAUUGUAAAUAAUCUGUAUAUUUAGAGACGGUAUUAAAUAAAAAUAUAUAUUUGA